AGAAGUCUGCAUUUGUGUGCAGAAGACGAAGUUUUGGAAUAUAAUUCCCUACUUGUUUCUAAUUGUGAACUAUGUUUUGAUUGAAGUGCAAUAGCUGGAUGCUGAAGAGAGAAUAAAAGUAUCUGUUGCCACCGACUUGAAGGUGUUACAAAGGGUGUUGAUUCACCCUUUCUCAUCUCAUCAUAACAACAUAAAUAACUCAUGAAGGCACUGAACAUGUUGCUGCAUUUAUUGAUGAUACAAAGAUAGUUGAAUUUGUAUCGUGAAAGAAGACAGAAUGGUUGUCUUAUCAUUGAAGAUUGGAGUUGGGAAUGCUAUCAAAACUAUGCAAUUUGAACCCUCGACAAUGGUAUACGAUGCCUGUCGAAUGAUUCGCGAUCGGGUUCCGGAAGCACAGACGGGACAGCCCACUGAUUAUGGAUUGUUUCUGUCUGAUGAAGAUCCAAAGAAGGGGAUCUGGUUGGAGUCUGGCAAAGCCUUGGACUACUACAUGUUGAGGAAUGGGGACACACUGGAUUACAAAAGGAAGCAAAGGCCUCUGAAGAUCAGGAUGUUGGAUGGAAGUAUCAAAACAGUUAUGGUGGAUGACUCAAAAAUAGUGAGCGACAUGCUGAUGACAAUCUGCGCCAGAAUUGGCAUCACAAAUCAUGAUGAAUAUUCACUUGUACAUGAAAUUGUUGAAGAAAAGAAAGAAGAAAUGACAGGGACACUGAAAAAAGACAAAACCCUAUUAAGAGAUGAUAAGAAAAUGGAAAAGCUCAAACAAAAACUUCAUACAGAUGAUGAUUUAAACUGGUUGGACCAUGGUAGAACACUUCGUGAACAAGGUGUCGACGAAAAUGAAACUUUGCUUCUCAGACGAAAGUUCUUCUAUUCAGAUCAAAAUGUUGAUUCAAGAGAUCCAGUCCAAUUAAACUUGCUCUAUGUCCAGGCCAGAGAUGACAUUUUGAAUGGUUCACAUCCGGUAUCCUUUGACAAAGCCUGUGACUUUGCAGGAUACCAAUGUCAGAUCCAGUUUGGACCCCACAAUGAGCAGAAGCACAAACCUGGCUUUUUAGAUUUAAAAGAAUUCCUGCCUAAAGAAUACAUCAAGCAGAAAGGGGAAAAGAAAAUAUUCAUGACGCACAAAAACUGUGCCAACAUGACUGAAAUGGAGGCUAAAGUGUUGUAUGUGAAGAUGGCCCGAUCUUUAAAGACAUACGGAGUUUCCUUCUUUUUGGUUAAGGAGAAAAUGAAAGGGAAGAAUAAACUUGUACCCCGUUUAUUGGGGAUUACCAAAGAAAGUGUUAUGCGUGUGGAUGAGAAAACAAAAGAAGUGAUCCAGGAAUGGAACCUCACUAACAUCAAACGAUGGGCAGCAUCACCAAAAAGUUUUACCCUGGAUUUUGGUGACUAUCAGGAUGGUUAUUACUCAGUUCAGACAACUGAAGGAGAACAAAUUGCACAGCUUAUAGCUGGAUACAUCGACAUCAUUCUGAAAAAGAAAAAAAGCAAAGACCAUUUUGGAUUGGAGGGCGAUGAAGAAUCUACGAUGUUGGAGGAUUCUGUGUCUCCCAAGAAGUCUACCAUCAUGCAGCAACAGUUUAACAGAACUGGAAAAGUGGAACAUGGUUCUGUGGCAUUACCUGCAAUUAUGCGUUCUGGAGCUGGAGGUCCAGAGAGCUUUCAGGUUGGAACAAUGCCAGCAGCCCAACAACAGGUGACCAGCGGUCAGAUGCACAGAGGACAUAUGCCUCCAUUGACAUCUGCCCAGCAAGCUCUCAUGGGAACUAUUAAUUCCAGCAUGCAAGCUGUACAACAAGCAACAGCUAGUCUGGAUGAUGUUGAUGCCUUGCCGCCCCUUGGACAUGAUGCUGCGUCAAAAGCAUGGAGAAAAAAUAAAAUGGAUGAAUCCAAACAUGAGAUCCAUUCACAAGUUGAUGCCAUUACUGCAGGCACAGCAUCCGUUGUCAACCUUACUGCAGGAGAUCCUCUUGAUACAGACUAUACAGCAGUUGGAUGUGCUGUGACAACAAUCUCCUCAAACUUAACUGAGAUGUCAAAGGGUGUCAAACUGCUUGCAGCCCUAAUGGAGGAUGAGGGUGCAAAUGGACAACAGCUACUGAAAGCAGCCAAGAAUCUGGCAUGCGCUGUGUCAGAAUUACUCAAGACCGCUCAGCCAGCUUCUGCUGAGCCUCGCCAGGUCCUGCUUACUGCUGCUGGGACUGUUGGUCAAACAAGUGGUGAGCUUCUCCAUCAGAUUGGGGAAAGUGACGCAGAUCCACGGUUCCAGUUUUCUGUAGGUGCGCAAAAAUACGCAAGGAAUAUGUCAGGUGUUGCUUUCAAAACGGACAUGCUUAUGCAAUUGGCCAAAGCUGUAGCAAAUGCAGCAGCAGCUUUGGUCCUGAAGGCAAAGAAUGUGGCUCAAAAAGCAGAAGAUUCCGGAUUACAGAACCGUGUCAUUGCAGCGGCAACGCAGUGUGCGCUUUCCACAUCACAACUGGUAGCUUGCACUAAGGUAGUAGCUCCAACUAUUAGCUCCCCUGUCUGCCAGGAGCAACUAAUUGAAGCUGGAAAACUAGUUGCUAAAUCAGUGGAGGGAUGUGUGGAAGCCUCUCAGGCAGCAACAAAUGAUGAGCAGCUGCUGAAACAAGUUGGUGUGGCAGCCACUGCUGUGACACAGGCACUGAAUGACCUGUUGCAACAUAUCAAGCUCUAUGCCCAUGGAGGACACCCACUAGGACGUUAUGAUCAGGCGACUGACACUAUUCUAACAGUGACAGAAAACAUUUUCAGCUCCAUGGGGGAUGCUGGUGAGAUGGUGCGACAAGCUAGAAUUCUGGCUCAGGCUACAUCUGACUUGGUGAAUGCUAUUAAAGCUGAUGCUGAAGGUGAAUCUGAUCUUGAGAACUCCAGAAAACUGCUCUCUGCAGCCAAACUAUUGGCUGAUGCAACAGCUAAGAUGGUGGAAGCUGCAAAGGGUGCAGCAGCCAAUCCUGACAGUGAGGAGCAGCAGCAGAGGUUAAGAGAAGCUGCUGAAGGUUUACGAAUGGCCACCAAUGUAGCAGCACAGAAUGCCAUAAAGAAGAAAUUAGUGAACAAACUGGAGAAUGCAGCAAAACAGGCUGCAGCAGCUGCGACGCAGACAAUUGCUGCUGCUCAGAAUGCAGCUUCCUCCAAUAAGAACCCAGCGGCACAACAACAAAUGGUUCAAAGCUGUAAGAGUGUUGCUGAGCAGAUCCCACUGCUGGUCCAAGGUGUUCGUGGCAGCCAGUCACAACCAGACAGUCCCAGUGCUCAGCUGGCUCUUAUAAGUGCAAGCCAGAACUUCCUGCAGCCUGGAACUAAAAUGGUUGCUGCUGCUCGCGCUACAGUUCCUACCAUUGGGGACCAGGCCUCAGCCAUGCAACUGAGCCAAUGUGCCAAGAAUCUGGCAAACACUUUACAAGAACUGCGAGCAGCCGCACAGAAGGCGCAAGAUGCCUGCGGUCCACUGGAAAUAGACUCUGCCCUGAAUCAAAUCAGAACACUGGAGAAAGAUCUGCAGGAAGCAAAAGCAAAUGCAGCAGAAGGAAAGCUUAGACCCUUGCCUGGAGAAACGCUGGAAAAGUGUUCGCAGGAUUUGGGCAGUAGCACCAAGAUGGUCGGUGCUUCUGUAGCUAAGCUACUGAGUGCAGUCACACAAGGAAAUGAGAAUUACACUGGAUUGGCCUCAAGAGAAGUUGCUCAAGCCUUAAAAGCCCUUGGUUCAGCUGCACGUGGUGUUGCAGCCAAUACUACUGAUCCACAGGCCCAGACUGCCAUGCUGGAAUGCGCUGGUGAUGUUAUGGAUAAAUCCAGUAAUCUAAUUGAAGAGGCUCGGAAAGCUAUGGCAAAACCAAAUGAUCCUGAAAACCAGCAGCGAUUGGCACAGGUGGCAAAGGCUGUAUCGAAUGCUCUGAACAGAUGUGUGAAUUGCUUGCCGGGCCAAAGAGAUGUCGAUGCAGCUUUAAGAACUGUUGGUGAGGCCAGCAAAAGACUACUUGCAAGCUCAUUCCCACCAAGUGCCAAGAACUUUCAAGAGGCUCAAGGGCAUCUAAAUGAAGCAGCAGUUGGUUUGAAUCAGUCUGCCAAUGAGUUAGUUCAAGCAUCUCGUGGAACCACACAAGAUCUGGCAAAGGCGUCUGGCAAAUUUGGCAAAGAUUUUGAUGAAUUCCUACAGGCUGGUGUUGAAAUGGCUGGUCAGUCCAAGGACAAAGAAGACCAGGCUCAGGUAAUUGGAAAUCUGAAGAGUAUUUCAAUGGCAUCAAGCAAGUUGCUUCUAGCAGCCAAAGCGCUCUCUGCUGAUCCGACUGCUCCCAACAUCAAAAAUCAACUUGCUGCAGCUGCACGAGCUGUGACUGAGAGCAUCAAUCAGCUGAUUACAAUGUGCACACAGCAAGCUCCAGGACAGAAGGAAUGUGAUAAUGCUCUCCGUGAGCUUGAGACUGUCCGAGGAAUGCUGGAUCAUCCUACUGAGGCCAUCAAUGACUUGUCUUACUUUGAUUGCAUUGACAGCGUGAUGGAAAAUUCCAAGGUUCUUGGAGAGGCAAUGACUGGAAUCUCUCACAAUGCCAAGAACAGUGAUCUACCAGCAUUUGGUGAUUCAGUAAGCUCUGGCUCCAAGGCUUUGUGUGGACUUACGGAAGCAGCUGCUCAGGCAGCAUACCUUGUAGGAAUCUCUGAUCCCAACAGCCACGCCGGUCAGCAAGGAUUAGUAGACCCAGCACAGUUUGCACGAGCUAAUCAAGCGAUCCAAAUGGCUUGUCAGAACCUAGUGGAUCCAGCUUGCAUACAGUCACAGGUCUUGUCUGCUGCCACUAUCGUUGCAAAGCAUACUUCUGCCUUGUGCAACGCCUGCCGUCUAGCUUCAUCCAAGACUUCUAAUCCUGUUGCUAAGAGACAGUUUGUUCAAUCAGCCAAGGAGGUGGCGAAUAGUACAGCCAACCUUGUGAAAGCAAUCAAGGCACUGGAUGGUACAUUUACAGAUGAGAACCGUGAGAACUGCCGAGCUGCAACUGUUCCUCUAAUUGAAGCAGUGGAGAAUCUGACAGCUUUUGCUUCCAACCCAGAGUUUGUCAGUGUUCCAGCUCAGAUUAGUCCUGAGGGACUUAAAGCCAUGGAGCCCAUUGUUGUGGCUGCAAAGACCAUGCUGGAUAGUUCAACAGGUCUCAUUCAAACUGCUCGCUCCCUUGCUGUGAACCCAAAAGACCCACCAAAAUGGUCUGUCUUGGCUGGACAUUCUCGAACGGUCUCUGACUCUAUCAAGAAACUCAUAACUUCCAUCAGAGAUAAAGCCCCUGGACAGAGAGAAUGUGAUGAAGCUAUUGAUGUUCUUAACCAAUGUAUCAAGGAUGUUGACCAGGCAUCUUUGGCAGCAAUUAGUCAGCAAUUGGCACCACGGGAAGGCAUCUCUCAAGAGGCAUUACAUGACCAAAUGGCUGGAGCAGUUCAAGAAAUCAGCAAUCUCAUUGACCCUGUUGCAACUGCAGCUCGGGCUGAGGCUUCACAAUUGGGACACAAGGUAUCCCAAAUGGUGAGUUACUUUGAGCCACUCACCAUGGCCUCAAUUGGUGCAGCAUCAAAGGCUGUCAAUCAUCAGCAGCAGAUGAAUUUGUUGGACCAGACCAAGACGCUGGCAGAAUCUGCGCUUCAGAUGUUAUACACAGCUAAAGAGGCAGGCGGCAAUCCAAAGCAAGCAGCUCAAACACAGGAUGCUUUAGAUGAGUCUGUGCAGAUGAUGAAGGAAGCUGUGGAGGACCUGUCAGGAACACUUAGCGAUGCAGCCAGUGCUGCGGGUGUUGUGAGUGGAAUGGUGGAUGCCAUCAACCAGGCCAUAAACAAGAUCGAUGAAAGUGCUCCGGAUGAGCCAGAUGGUUCAUUUGUUGACUACCAGACCACCAUGGUGAAGACUGCCAAAGCUAUUGCUGUAACCGUUCAAGAAAUGGUUACUAAAUCAACCACCAAUCCAGAUGAACUGGGGUCUUUGGCCAACCAACUUACCAAUGACUAUGGGCAUCUGGCACAAGAAGCCAAACCUGCAGCUAUAACUGCUGAAAAUGAGGAGAUUGGAAACCAUAUCAAGAAUCGUGUUCAGGAACUGGGUCACAAUUGUGCCUCUUUGGUUCUCAAAGCUGGUUCUCUCCAGUGCAGUCCCAGUGAUGCCUUUACUAAGAAAGAACUCAUUGAAUGUGCUCGCAAAGUCUCUGAGAAGAUUUCUCAUGUGUUAGCAUCCUUGCAGGCCGGCAACCGUGGAACUCAGGCUUGCAUCACUGCUGCCAGUACUGUGUCUGGUAUCAUAGCUGAUUUGGAUACAACAAUUAUGUUUGCUACAGCAGGUACACUAAACAGAGAAAAUGAAGAGACCUUUGCUGACCACAGGGAGAAUAUUCUAAAAACUGCUAAAGCUCUGGUGGAAGACACGAAGUUGCUUGUAUCUGGAGCUGCUGCAAGUCAAGAGAAGUUAGCACAUGCUGCACAGUCCUCCGUUGUCACGAUUACCCGACUGGCAGAGGUGGUGAAAUUAGGAGCUGCGAGCUUGGGCUCAGAUGAUCCUGAAACACAGGUUGUGCUGAUUAAUGCAGUGAAAGAUGUAGCAAAGGCCCUGGCAGAUCUUAUUAGUGCAACAAAAGGAGCAUCAGGGAAAGCUUCAGAUGAUCCAUCCAUGUAUAAUCUCAAGAAUGCUGCCAAGGUUAUGGUGACCAAUGUGACUUCACUGCUGAAGACUGUAAAGGCAGUCGAAGAUGAAGCUACUAGAGGAACACGAGCUCUGGAAGCCACUAUUGAGCACAUCCGUCAAGAACUUGCAGUAUUUUCCUCAGCAGAUCCACCACCUAAAACUUCUACACCUGAAGAAUUUAUCCGGAUGACCAAAGGCAUUACCAUUGCAACUGCUAAAGCUGUAGCAGCAGGAAACUCCUGUCGUCAAGAGGAUGUUAUUGCCACUGCCAACCUUAGUCGCAAAGCUAUUGCAGAGAUGCUUCAUUCUUGUAAGCAAGCAGCUUAUCACCCAGAAGUCUCCAGCGACGUUCAGACCAGAGCUCUUCGUUUUGGCAAAGAAUGUUCUGAAGGAUACCUGACUCUACUGGAACAUGUUCUUGUUCCGAUUCUUCAAAAGCCAUCGACAGAUCUCAAACAGCAGCUGGCAACAUAUUCAAAACGUGUGGCUGGUUCUGUCACAGAGCUCAUCCAGGCUGCAGAGGCUAUGAAAGGCACAGAAUGGGUGAAUCCUGAAGAUCCAACAGUUAUUGCUGAGAAUGAGUUGCUGAGAGCUGCUGCAGCUAUUGAGGCAGCUGCCAAGAAACUUGAACAGCUGAAACCAAGAGCUAAACCCAAGCAAGCAGAUGAAAGUCUUAACUUUGAAGAACAGAUCCUAGAAGCAGCCAAGUCAAUCGCAGCAGCAACCAGUGCCCUCGUGAAAGCUGCAUCUGCUGCUCAAAGAGAGCUUGUGGCACAAGGCAAGGUUGGAGCUGUACCAGCAAAUGCAGUGGAUGAUGGCCAGUGGUCCCAAGGCCUCAUUUCAGCAGCUCGAAUGGUUGCUGCUGCUACAAGUAGUUUGUGUGAGGCGGCUAAUGCAGCAGUUCAGGGUCACGCCAGUGAGGAGAAGCUGAUCUCUUCAGCCAAACAGGUGGCAGCAUCCACAGCUCAACUUUUAGUGGCCUGCAAAGUGAAAGCUGAUCAAGAUUCAGAGGCCAUGAGGAGACUCCAGACUGCAGGUAAUGCUGUGAAGAGAGCAUCUGACAACCUGGUGAAGGCUGCGCAGAAGGCUGCAGCAUUCAAUGAGCAAGAGGAGGAGAAUGUUGUGGUGAAGAGUAAGAUGGUCGGUGGUAUUGCGCAGAUUAUUGCAGCCCAGGAAGAAAUGCUGCGAAAGGAGAGAGAACUUGAAGAUGCCCGUAAGAAACUAGCACAAAUUCGGCAGCAGCAAUAUAAAUUCCUUCCUUCAGAACUUUGUGACAAAGAGGAAAAUUAAUUGCAAUCUACUAAAACAGCUAACAUCUAAUCUCGGCCAGGCAUCUACAGCUAAAGAUUUGAGCUAAAUAAAUCGGCCAGAUUCUUUUUAAAAUGUCAUGCAAUAAGUUCUUUUGUAAUUUUGCAAUUUGUAUGCUAACGGUGCAAUAGGCGAUUCACUUGCUAUGUUUUUCUUUAUCCUAUAAAAAUUUGUUCAGCACAUGUUCAAUCAUGUUAAACAUGUUAUAUUUGCUCUUGAGCACAGAACAGAACGAUUAGUAUCUGCAUGUGCAUCAGCACUGGUAUGAGAAAUGCAAUCUAUGGUUGCAGUAUUGAUGCAAAUUUGCUGUAAAGCCUGUGUAUGAUAUCUUUUUUUUUUAAGUACUUGGGGUCCGAAGGUAUAUUUGAUUAUUCCAAAGAUGUUGCAGAAGAGCUGUGUGUCCCAGUAGUGAAUGGUUUAAAGCCAGUACAAACAGGGAGUUAAUAAAUGGGACAACCGAAACAGUAUGUCACAUUCAUGAAUUCUAAACUCCACGGUGACUAGAUGAUACAUAUCAUUAAAAUUCCAUAAUGGAAAAAUACUCCCUAUAAUAGUAAUAUUGCCUUAAAUUGGGUCGGAAAUACUGUGUUUUGGGGGAAAUUAAUGUUACUUUCUAUUUUUUAACCAGAUGUACAUGAAUUAGACAGUAUUUUAGCAGGGUGCCUUACAAUCAGACAGUGCUUGUUUAAUCUACUUCUGGCCUUUAAAACUGCUGUGUUUCCAGGAAAGAUUGGAAUAUUUUUCCAUUAAAAGAGUGCAAGUUCAAAAUUUGUUGUGCUCCAAAAAUUUAUGUUUUGAAAAUAUUUAUAGGUGUUGCCUAUAAUUAAUUUAAAACCAUUUGAACUGCAAGCUCAGUGGGACAUAUUUAGCAGUUUAACAAAAAAGAUGAAGAUGCUCCUUCAAUUUUUAAUUGCUGUCAUUCAACUAACUUUGUGUCCUAUGUGGUCCCUUGCAUAAGCCUUCACAUUCUCUUGUUUUAGCACAUUACAUACAAGUGCUUGUAUUUGUUUGUUAAGUAAGUGGACUUCUUAAUUGCAAUAACAUAAAUUAAUAUAUGCACUUAAUGGUGUGCAUCUUUCAACUUAGAUCUGUGUUCUUGUGAUCAAGUUUACAUUCUGCAUUAAUGGGAAUGUUUAGGCAAUUAUGCAUCAUUUUUCUAUGGUUCCUGGAAGCAUGCAUUUUAGGCCUUUCUAGGAUUCUUCAAAUACCAAGUCUAUUUCUAUAUCUAGUUUGCAGAAUUUGCCUCGUUCAUGUUAUUCCUGCAAAUAUAACUUGUUACUUAUGCUCCAUUGCCUUUAAAUAUCACUUUAUUUUGAUACAACAUGCUUCUAAUAACAGGUGAUGAAUACCAACUUUCCAAUACUUUUGAUGGCUACUUGUUUUUAUUUUACAAUUUAUUUGGUUAAUAAAGUCUGUUUCCACUAUG